CCCACCCCUAGGCACUCCUCCUCUACCAAGCACGCCUUCUGCUCCCAAUCCCAAAAAGCAAGAAGCAUAUAAAAAAUGGCCAAGAAGGUUAAAUCUGUCGAGAAGAAGUCCAAGUCUUCCAAGGCUGUCGCUCCCAAGAGCGGUGCAGUCGAGAAGACCUCCAAGAACAAGGAGAUCGCCAAGAAGGCUGCCAAGGCUGCUUUGAAGGAGAAGAAGGAGAAGUCUUCCAAGAAGAGCAAAAAGUCCAAGAAGGAGGAGUCUGAGUCUUCCGAGUCCGAAGAGUCUGAGUCCGAAAAAGAGGAGGAUGUUAAGAUGGAGGAAUCCAGCAGCAGCAGCGAGAGCAGCUCUUCUGAGUCCGAGUCUAGCGACUCCGAGUCUUCUGAGUCCGAGGCUGAGAAGAAGGAGGAGGCCAAGGAGGCUGAAUCUAGCUCCUCCGAGUCCGAGUCUAGCGAUUCAGAGUCUGAAUCCGAGGACGCCAAGAAGGAAACCAAGACCGAGUCUAAGAAGGAGGAGUCUGAUUCCGACUCUUCCAGUGACUCUGAUUCCGACGACUCUUCUGAUUCUUCUUCCUCUGAUUCCGACUCUGACGACUCUAGCUCUUCCGAGUCUUCUGACAAGAAGCGCAAGGCUGAUGACGAGAGUGAGGAGCAAAAGCCCCAAAAGGCUGCCAAGUCCGAGAGUGGUGAGUCCUGCACUGUUUUUGUUGGUCGCUUGUCUUGGAACGUCGACGACGAGUGGUUGGGCAAGGAGUUCGAGGAGUACGGUACUGUUGUCAACGCCCGCGUGAUUAUGGAUGGUCAGAGCGGUCGCUCUAAGGGUUUCGGUUACGUUGACUUUGACAGCCCCGAGGCUGCCAAGGCUGCUGUUGCCGUCAACGGACAAAAGGAGAUUGAUGGUCGUAUGGUCAACCUCGACAUCUCCACCCCCCGCCCCGCUCAAAACAACAAUGGCUUUGCUCAACAACGUGCUAGCAACUUUGGUGACAAGCAAUCCCCUCCCAGUGACACUGUUUUCAUUGGCAACUUGAGCUUCAACGCUACUGAGGACGAUGUCCGUAACGCUUUCUCCUCUUGUGGUGAGAUCCAAUCCGUCCGUCUCCCUACCGACAUGAACUCUGGCCGCCCCAAGGGUUUCGGUUACGUUACCUUUGACAGCAUUGAUGCUGCCAAGCAAUGUGUCGAGAUGAACGGUCACUUCAUUGCCGGUCGUCCCUGUCGUCUUGACUUUUCCACUCCCCGUACCGGUAACGCUGGCGGUCGCGGCGGCUUUGGUGGCCGUGGUGGCUUCGGAGGUCGCGGCGGUGGACGUGGUCGUGGUGGAUUUGGCGGCCGCGGAGGCUUUGGAGGUCGUGGCCGUGGUGGUGCUCGUUCCGGCGGUUUCAACCGUUCUACCGAGUUCUCUGGUAACAAAAUUACCUUCGAUUAAGCAUGUCGUGCUUAGCCAUUGAGGUGACGGAGGGACCAGGUGCGAGGUGUUCUCAUGUUCAUCUUGCCGCUGUCCCCGAGCUUCAUGUAACCUUCUUUUUGGGAUUCUUUAACGUCUAAUUCGGGAUGAAGGGUUUUUCUUUUACGCUGUUUUUUGUGGAUUAUUUUUGGAACGCUUUCUUUGGACCAUUCUUUUGAUACGCAUUUUGGAAUUUGGUUGCGGCUGGUUUAUACGCGUUACUCUCUACGCUUUUUAUUUGAUUUGUUUGGGUUGUGUUAUAUUAUAUGUUAUGAACCAGGGGUAUCACCGUUUCUAUUGUGGUUGAUACUGUGGGCGACACAUCAAUGUGGGCUUGUUACAUACGAGGGGGGCUAAUUGUUCAUGUUGCUUUGCAAUGUGUGCCUGUUGCCUUUGGGUACUGAGGGCUUGAAAAGGGACUGUUCAUUUUGGGAAGGGCGUGUCUUCUUGUUUCGUCGAUUAUGUCGUUACAGGGCGUGCCGUAAAGGGAGGGUUUUCCCCCCUUUUGGUGCUGAACAGGACUGGGACAGCGGGUUUUGCUUCGUCUCGGUCCUGCCGAUUGAACGUGGUCGGCAGUGGCUUGCCAGGUGCAGCUGCUGCAACCUUUCAAACUUGCUCAAAGACGUACUUCAAACCGUUACCUUGUCCAUGAAACGAUCAAACCGU